GUAAAGGCAUCCAUUGUUUACUGUUCGCGUUCCGAUAUUUUCUGUCAGCCCUCGUGCUAUUUAUCGCUUUUCACGUUGCUUUUCAGCGCGUGUUUUUUUGUGCAAAACGUUUUUGCUAUUAAUUGUGAAGUUUAACAAGACGCAAAGAUGUCGAAACGGCGUAUUGAAGUGGGCGAAACCUACCCAAAAAAGACCAGAAAAGAAUCGACGGAAGCCUCAACUUCAGCAGCAGCGGCUUCAGCCGCCGGCACAGUUGCCCAAGUUUUAGGCGGAUUUGUCCCUAAUAAACAGCCACCAACGAUGAAUCCGUUCACAAUGAAGCCUUACUCAACACGCUACCAAACCUUGUACAAGAAGCGAAUCACACUGCCGGUAUUCGAGUAUCAAGCGGACUUUAUGCGUUUGCUCAGCCAGCAUCAGUGUAUUGUUUUGGUGGGCGAGACUGGCUCUGGCAAAACGACACAAAUACCGCAAUGGUGUGUGGAUUUUGCUGUGUCCAAAGGACGCAAGGGCGUAUCCUGUACGCAGCCACGUCGUGUGGCCGCCAUGUCCGUGGCCCAACGUGUUUCUGAAGAAAUGGACGUUAACCUCGGAGAGGAAGUCGGCUAUUCCAUUCGUUUUGAGGAUUGCUCUUCGCCCAAAACACUGCUCAAGUACAUGACAGAUGGUAUGCUGCUGCGUGAAGCCAUGUCAGAUCCAAUGCUGGAUCAAUAUCAGGUUAUAUUGCUUGACGAGGCGCACGAGCGUACAUUGGCCACCGACAUACUGAUGGGCGUACUAAAAGAGGUUAUUCGUCAGCGGAAUGAUCUCAAAUUAGUGGUCAUGUCGGCUACACUCGAUGCAGGUAAAUUCCAGCAGUACUUUGACAAUGCGCCGCUUAUGACCGUGCCUGGUCGGACGCAUCCCGUUGAGAUCUUCUAUACACCAGAGCCCGAGAGGGAUUAUUUGGAGGCAGCAAUACGCACAGUUAUACAGAUUCAUAUGUGCGAGGAAAUUGAAGGCGACAUACUUAUGUUUCUCACGGGCCAGGAAGAAAUUGAAGAGGCUUGCAAGCGUAUAAAGCGCGAGAUUGACAAUCUAGGCUCAGAAAUUGGCGAGCUGAAGUGCAUACCCUUGUACUCGACACUGCCACCCAAUCUACAACAGCGCAUUUUCGAGGCGGCACCGCCGCCGAAUGCGAACGGUGCGAUCGGCCGAAAGGUUGUGGUAUCCACAAACAUUGCCGAAACCUCUCUGACCAUUGAUGGCGUUGUAUUUGUGAUUGAUCCCGGCUUUGCCAAGCAAAAGGUUUACAAUCCACGUAUACGUGUCGAGAGUCUGCUCGUAUCCCCCAUAUCUAAAGCUUCGGCACAGCAGCGUGCCGGCCGUGCAGGUCGCACACGGCCAGGCAAGUGCUUCAGACUUUAUACAGAGAAGGCGUUCAAAAACGAAAUGCAAGACAACACCUACCCAGAGAUUUUGCGGUCAAAUUUGGGCACUGUGGUGCUGCAGCUCAAGAAACUGGGCAUUGAUGACUUGGUGCACUUUGAUUUCAUGGACCCGCCGGCGCCCGAGACGCUGAUGCGUGCUUUGGAGCUGCUCAACUACUUGGCCGCCCUCGACGAUGAUGGCAAUCUAACAGAUCUCGGUGCUGUUAUGUCCGAGUUUCCUCUGGAUCCACAGUUGGCCAAGAUGCUAAUAGCCAGUUGCCAGCACAAUUGCUCCAACGAGAUACUUUCAAUUACGGCUAUGCUGUCGGUGCCACAAUGUUUCGUGCGACCCAAUGAGGCAAAGAAAGUGGCUGACGAGGCCAAGCAGCGUUUCGCUCACAUCGACGGGGAUCAUCUGACGCUGCUGAAUGUCUAUCACGCCUUCAAACAGAGCAGCGAGGAUGCGAACUGGUGCUAUGAGAACUUUAUCAACUUUCGAUCGCUUAAGAGCGCUGACAAUGUGCGCCAGCAACUGGCACGUAUCAUGGACCGUUUCAAUCUGAAGCGCACCAGCACGGAGUUCACCUCGAAGGACUACUAUGUCAAUAUACGCAAAGCUCUUGUCCAGGGCUUCUUUAUGCAGGUUGCUCAUCUGGAGCGAACGGGACACUAUCUGACCAUCAAGGACAACCAGAACGUGCAGCUGCAUCCGUCAACAUGUCUCGACCACAAGCCCGACUGGGUCAUCUACAACGAAUUCGUGUUGACCACCAAAAACUAUAUACGGACUGUGACAGACGUGAAGCCUGAAUGGCUGCUCAGUCUGGCGCCGCAGUACUACGAUCUGAACAACUUUCCACAAUGCGAGGCGAAGCGUCAGUUGGAGCUGCUCCAGCAGCGCAUGGAAACAAAGCAGUACCAGAAGGGUUUCUGAGCAACUUAAGAUCGAGUUUUUAAUCAACUAGUUUAAAACAAUAUUAUGAAAUCUAAUUAUAAUAAGCGUUUAAGCAACCAUGGAACUCAGUUUGCUUAAGCGUACAAUUUAAAUUCGGUUUGGAAUAAUCACAAAAAAAAUAUUGUUUUCCUUUAUUGUUUGCCAACGCAAUUACAGACUUAAACACAG